UCUAAGCGAGAGAGGAUGCGAAAGGAGUGCAGGGGAGGGAUAGAGAGAAGGAAAGCGCCGGUGAAAAAGUCAGCAGUAUGGUGCAGGGCAUGAUAAAAAUGAUAUCAACAGCAGCAGAUAGCGCGUUUAUUGACCUGGGGGCUCCGCAAUGAAAGGUUUCUUGCAAGGGACACUUUGAGAUAUGAGGUUUCUUUCUGGUUGGCAAUAGUACUAUGAUUUGGUAUGUGGUCACUUUGAUAGCAAGUGUACUCAGCACCCGAGGAACGGCAGCUCAAGGUGCCCACGGCGUGCGAGAGGAGCCCCAGUUUGUGACGGCGCGCGCUGGAGAGAACGUCAUCCUGGGAUGCGACGUGGCCCACCCCCUGAACGGCCAGCCCUAUGUGGUGGAAUGGUUCAAGUUCGGAGUGCCCAUCCCCUUCUUCAUCAACUUCCGCUUCCACCCGCCUCAUGUGGACCCGGAGUACGCCGGCCGAGCCAGUCUGCACGGAAAAUCUUCUCUGCGGAUUGAGAAGGUGCGUUCAGACGACCAGGGCUGGUAUGAGUGUAAGGUCCUGAUGUUGGAGCAGCAGUACAACACCUUUCACAACGGCAGCUGGGUGCACCUCACAGUAAACGCUCCCCCCAGUUUCACGGACACGCCGCCACUGUACGUUGAGGCCAAGGAAGGCGGCAGCAUCACCCUGAGCUGCGUUGCUUCCGGCAACCCCAAGCCCUCCAUCAACUGGCUCCGGGAGGGUGAGCCCCUGGAGGACAGCAUCAAGUACAAGGUUUCUGAUGGGAGUCUGACGGUGCUGUUGGUCAGCCGCGAGGACAGAGGGGCGUACACCUGCCGAGCCUACAGCAUCCAGGGGGAGGUUGUCCACACCACACGCCUGCUUGUCCAAGGGCCACCGUUCAUCGUUUCCCCUCCCCAGAAUCUGACGGUGAACAUAUCCCAGGCCGCCAAGCUGGACUGCCUGGCAGAGGCCUACCCUGGCAACCUCACCUACACCUGGUUCUGGGAGGAUGACAACGUCUUCUUCAAGAAUGGCCUCAGGGACAGGGUCAGUAUUCUGGUGGACGGCUCGCUCAUCAUUGGCAGUGUGAAGCCAGAGGAUGCUGGAAGAUUCACCUGCAGCCCCAGCAACAGCCUGGGCCGGCCCCCAUCCGCCUCGGCCCAGCUCACAGUGCAAUACCCUGCCCGUGUCAAAGACAUGCCACCUGCCAUUUAUGUGGCCAUCGGCCUGCCAGGCUUCAUCCGCUGCCCGGUGGACGCCAACCCGCCCGCCACGCUGGUCAAGUGGACCAAAGAUGGCAACCCUCUCCGGAUAGAGAAGUACCCUGGUUGGAGCCAAAUGGAGGACGGGAGCAUCCGCGUGACUGAGGUGACGGAUGACUCUCUGGGCACCUACACCUGCAUGCCUUACAACGCCCUGGGCUCUGAGGGUUGGUCCGAUCCCACUCCCCUGGUGCUAAAGGAUCCCCCCAAGUUCUCGAUUGUUCCCGGAGGGGAGUACAGGCAGGAGGCUGGGAGAGAACUGGUCAUCCCCUGUGCGGCUGAGGGAGAAUUUCCCUAUCCCAACAUCACAUGGAGGAAGGUAUGGAAGCCCAGCAAAAGCAAGCACACUGUCCUCCCCUCAGGUACCUUACAGUUCAAGUCCCUAAGCAAGGAGGACCAUGGGGAGUGGGAGUGUGUGGCCACCAACGUCGCCACGAGCAUCACUGCCAGCACACACCUCCUAGUUAUUGGCACAAGCCCCCACGCCCCGGCCAACGUUCAUGCGGCGGUCUCCACCACCUGGGCCAACGUGUCAUGGGAGGCUGGCUACGACGGCGGCUUUGAGCAGACAUUAUCAGUCUGGUAUGGCCAUGUGGUGAAGAGGGAGCAGCUGGGCCCACAUGAUUGGCUGUCUAUAGCCGUGCCUUCUGGCCAGACAUGGCUGGUAGUGCCCGGCCUGGAGCCCCAGACUGCCUACCAGUUCAGUGUCCUUGCACAUAACAAGCUGGGCACGGGCCCCUUCAGCGAGGUCAUCACUGUGAACACACUAGUUUUUCCUUUAAGUAUACCUGAACCCCUGGUGCUGCUUACCCCACCACGAUGCCUCAUAGCCAAUCGGACGCAGCAGGGUGUCUUGCUCAUGUGGAUCCCGCCGGCCAACCACACAGCUCCGAUCGAGCGCUACGUCAUGGAGUUCCGCCUAGGGGAGAGGUGGGAUGUCCUGGACGAUGCCAUCCCCGCUGGAGAGACAGACCUGCUAGCCAGAGACCUCAUUCAGGAGGCAUGGUAUGAGUUCCGGGUCAUAGCAGUCAUGGAGGAACUGGUCAGCGAGCCCAGUAACACAGUAGGAGUGUCCAGUACAGACUUCUUCCCACCCCCGGAAUUGGUGGAUGAGGGGGGGCUGGCGCGGCCGGUGGUGGCUGGCAUCGUGGCUACCAUCUGUUUUCUGGCAGCUGCUGUCCUCUUUAGCACACUGGCAGCCUGCUUCGUCAACAAGCAGCGCCGACGAACGCUCAAGAGGAGGAGAGACCCCCCUCUCUCGAUAACACACUGCAGAAAAAGUGUGGAAACUCCGUCCUCCUCUGGUAAGGAGAGUCCGGAGAGUAUGCGUUCCAUGGGACAACCAUCAGAGUGUUCUGAGGACGGGCAUAGCAUGAGCAUGAAGAAGAUCCCCCCGAGUUCUGCGAAGAAGGAAGAACUCUCCCUGUACAAGAAAACCAAGCGAGCAAUAACGAGCAAAAAGUACAGCGUCUCCAAGUAUGAAAUGGAGGCAACCACGCCCAUUGAGCUGAUCAGCCGAGGCCCUGACGGACGCUUCGUCAUGGACCCCAGCGACAUGGAGAUGAUUUCCAUCAAGCCCCGGCGAAUUGAGGGCUUCCCCUUCGUCGAAGAGUCAGACCGCUAUCCCGAAUUCCGCCAGUCGGAUGAGGAGAACGAUGAUCCCGGGCCCAUGCCCCCCAUCAUGGCAACCCUUCGACCCCACCAAAUCUCCCCCAUCUCCAGCCAGGAGUCUUACCUGCAGCCACCAGCCUACAGCCCCCGCUUUCAGAGGCCCAUGGAAGGUAUGACCAUCAUGGAGAGCAGUCGGCUUGAGGCCACGGGGCAGAUCCAAGGCUCCCUGCACCACAGAGCCUUCCCCCAGAGCCACGAUCACUUCUACGGGUACCUUGGCAGCCCUGGGGAACCCGACCCUCCACCCCCUUUCUACAUGGUAGACACCAGCCCUCUGAGCUCUGUCAUGUCAUCACCACCUUACCACCCCGAAGGGCCCUUUGGUCACCACCGCAUUCCUGAGGAGAUGGGGGAAGGAGAUAUUCAUCACUAUGCCGUCUCAAGCUUCCCCCUUCCCCUGACGCUUACCUCUUCCUCUCACUCCCCGGAGAUCUGGCACAGACCCGAUUUCCCCUUUGCAAAUCUGGAAAGGCCCCACUUCAUUUUCCCACCGCACCAACCUUUGCAUCUCCACCGGGAACCUUUCUUUCCUCCUCCUAAUGUUCUUCCCCCUGGUGCUCUCCAGCCAUCCUCUCUCCAGGUGCCCUCCUAUCCCGGUGUUCUGCAGCUGGAGGUCCCAAAGAGCUGUCCAGGCAAGUCUCCCAGCAAGGUCAAGCCUCAGGGCCUUCCAGUCAAGCGUUUAGCUAUGCAAGAGGCUCAGAGUCUAGGGAAGCUAAGACACAUAAGCUACGGUAUGGGUGUGCCGGUUUUGCCUUACCCCGACCCAACAGCCCUCAUGGGCAGCCCUAGCACAUUCAGUAGCCUGGACACCCGGUGGUUUGAGCCUACCCCCCGGCUCAGCCCCAGGCAGGCUCGUAGAAUGGAGCCUAGCAUGAUGGUCCUCCAACCUUCCCGCCUCUCGCCCCUCACCCAGAGUCCACUUAGUUCCCACGAGGGCUCCCCAGAGAUUCUAGUGCGACCGCGUCCCCGUCCUAGCUUCGUCCAGCCCUCCAUACCUCCAGAGAUGUCUGAGAUCACCCUGCUUCCCCCCUCUUCAGCCAGCUUCUCUCGGAGGUCGUCUCCCUCUUCCUCUCCCGCCCAUGGUCAGGUUAGCAAAAGGGCAAGUCCCAGCUUCCGCUCCCACAUGGCCUUUGCCACCUCCGCCACAAGCUACCCGUCCCAGUCCCCGUCACCCCCCAUGGAAAGCAGCAACAUGUUUGGGCAGAUCCCAAGUGAUCCCAUUGGGCAGAUACCAUCCCAGAGGAGAACUGAGGAGGAGGUCCUUCCGUCCGAGCCCUCUCCACCCCAGUUUUCAGCUUCAGGAAAUCGUCGAGGUGAGCCGAGUGCCCCUGCGGGGUCUGAGAGGUUUGAUGCAUUGAGGUACCAACGUAUUAAAAAGGCCAAGAAGAUGAUGGUGGUCAACAACAACAACUCCAAGUCCAGAAGAAAAACAGGUGUCUCCACCUUUCAGACCCAGCAGGACUACACCUCUCAGGUACUCCAGCCCGAAGAAGCUCUCUACCUCCGCAAGAAGAAGAAACGGCCAGUCAGACAGGACCCGUAUUCCCGCUUCUCCGCUCUGCUGUACCGCCGUCCGCCCCAGGAGGACCGGAAGGCCAUUUUGGCCAGCAUGGAUAACAUGGACCCAGACCAUGCCACUCUCCUCUGACACUGUGGGGGAGUCAGGUUACACUCUUCCCCCAAAAUGCCACAAAACCCCACCUGGAAAAUGACCUCUCAGUCUAAAGCGUUGCUCAUUCCCCAGCAUCAAUCAAUGGAUUUAAGUUCCUUUUUUAAAAGAAGUUGAAAAUAAAACAGUGGCUAUCCAAUGUUUCCAAAGUUUUACUCCAGUGCAAAACAUUUUAUUUUAGGGAAGCAAUACUGUGUGCUACAACAUAGAUUACUUUGAAACAAAUGUUCUAACCAUUUGGAAAAGGACCCUGUCUGAGGUUUUCACUUUCUAUCUCAUCUUUAUACUUCAGUACAGGCGUAGCCCAUUGUAAAUACGGUCCAUGAAGCCUAGUACGGUCUCAGUUUACAGCACCUCGCUCACCUGAGUAUCCUCACCUGCCUCACUCUGCUAGCCCUCUAUCACCUCCCAGAGACUCUCCCAUCCACACAGGGUUCUCACUCAGAUCCUACAAAAUAUACCUCAGAGCACAGCACAUGGCACCACAACGAGGCUCAGCUAGCUGAACACAACUGUAUUGGCAUGUAUGUUUUUUAUGAUCUUAUAACUUAUUUAAGCAGGGUUUGGUUGAAAUUUGACACAAUUUGAAUAACUCCAAAUGUGAAAAUCCAAUUGGUAACUGUCACGAUAGUCGUGAGGAGCGGACCAAAAUGCAGCGUGGUAUGUGUUCACGAUGAUUUUUUAAUUAAAGAAAGCACUAAACACUGAAUACAAAACAAUAAACGAAUAAGACGCUAUAAUGAGACCUGUGCUGA